UUCCGUAUCGCCGCUAAGUUUGGACGCGUUUACUUCUUCGGUCUUGUGGUUUGAAAACUUCGCGAUUUUGCUGGUUUUUUGAUAACAAUAAUAAAUACGAGAGUGUGCAGCAGCGGAUAAACAAAAUUAAUGCCAAUUCGCGUAAUCGGCGGCAAUGCAGACGCCGCACAAACCAAAACAAAGCGAUCCGUAAUAUUCAGAAAAGUUCAGAAGCAAAACAAAACAAUCACAAUAAUAAAAACAACAACAAAUUAUGCGUGCUGCUCGGCAAAAACAAUAGCAGAAGCAAAACACAAAUAAAAUAAUAGUAAAACCUUUAACUAAUCAAUCCCCGUUCGGUUUGCGCAGGUAAUGAAACAUUCCGAAAAAGUGACACGUAAAAUAGCUACAACAACGACAGAAACUUAAAGAGAUCUUUUCCAAAUUUAUCGUUUAAUAGCAUUCUACCAAAGUUGCAUUAAAUAGAAAUAAAACAGUUUUGGUACAUCAACUCAAAACAUUACUGAAAAUAAUACAAAAUGGAUACAACGCGCGGCCUUCUGACAAAACAGUCCAAGGAUGUGGAAUUUCAGGAUGUUUUUUAUUCAGUCGAUCAGCGCACAAAUUUUUUUCGCGUAACCGGACAACGGCAAAUUUUGAAAGGCGUAAGCGGCAGUUUCCGUAAUGGACAACUCUCGGCUAUUAUGGGCCCCUCGGGGGCAGGAAAAAGCAGUUUGCUGAAUGCGAUUUCGGGUUUCAGAACAACCGGCGUGGAGGGUAAUAUUAGAAUGAAACGGGACAAUGCCUGUUAUAUAACGCAGGACGAUCAUCAUCAGACACUGCUGACAGUCGAGGAACUUAUGAAUCUCUCCUAUGAUCUGAAACUAAAGCAACGCCAUACAAAGGAAGAGCUCAUCACGAAAAUACUCAAAAACCUCAAUCUCAAUCAUCGACGCAACAUCACCGCCGACAAAUUGAGCGGCGGUGAACGCAAGCGACUCUCGAUUGCCCUCGAACUGGUGGACAAUCCCAAUAUCUUCUUUCUCGACGAGCCCACGAGCGGACUGGAUGAGGUGACAGCGGCACAGUGCAUACGCCUGCUCAAAGAACUGGCCCGCGAGGGCCGCACAAUAGUUUGUACCAUCCAUCAACCCUCGGCGACAAUUUACAACUGCUUUGAUAGCAUAUAUGUGUUGGCCAAGGGUCAGUGCGUCUACCAGGGCAGCCCCGAAGCGACAAUACCCUUCCUGCGACUGGCCCAACUCGAUUGCCCACGCCACUACAGCCCCUCGGACUACAUUAUUGAAGUAAUCGAUGCUGAGGAUGGACAGUUGGUGCCGCUGCUGAGCGACCUAACGGACAAUGGCAAACUGACUUAUCCGGGCAAGCAGCCGGAUUUGAUGGGCACACAGCUGGAACCGCAGCAGGCAAUAACGACGCUAUUUGUGGAGCAGCCGAAACGUCAGUUUCUGCCCACUUUCUUUGCCGGCAGCGCUGCCUCCACAGAUGGCACAUUGAUGGGUGCAGCAGAUGCACUGCUGGGACAGGUGAAGGCCUUCACACAGCGCCUGCAUCAGGAUCGCCGUGAGAUAUCCGGACUACAGCAGUUCCUGGUACUGAUGCGGGUCAUGCUGCUGAAGAUAAUGCGUGCCCGUCUUGCCUUGGCCAUUCAGCUGGUCCAUCAUUUGCUCUGCGGUCUGUUCUUUGGCCUGAUAUUCUUUCAGCUGGGCAAUCAGGGUGCACGCAUGUUUGAUCAUCUCAAAUUCUGCAUUGGCGCCGUGCUCAUGAUCGUCUACACCCAAGUGAUGGUGCCCAUACUCAGCUAUCCAGCUGAUGUCAAGAUGGUGAAAAAGGAGACCUUUAAUCGCUGGUACACGCUAAUGCCUUACUAUCUGGCAUUGACCAUAUCUCGAUUGCCGCUGCAGGUGCUGCUCAAUCUUACGUUUAUGGCCGUGACUUACUGGAUGUCCGGACUGCCGGAACAAAUGUGGCGCUUCUGCAUUUUCGUGGCCGUGGGUCUGAUGGUCUCCCUCGUGGCCGAGGGCAUGGGACUGGCCAUUGGCGCUACCUUCAGCAUAACAAAUGGCAGUGUUGUGGGUCCGAUGAUCAUAGCGCCGCUCAUGGGAUUAGCAGUAUAUGGCUUUGAUUUUGCGCCCCAGAUUACUGGAGGCAUGAAUCUGUUGAUGAAGUUCAGCUAUGUGCGUGUCGCCGUGGUGGCCCUGGUGCUGGCCGUCUUUGGCUUCCAGCGCGAGGAGUUGGACUGCGACGAGAUCUACUGUCACUUCAGUGAUCCACGGGUGCUUCUAAAGUUCCUCGAUGUUGACAAGGUCUCCAUACUGCAUCAGUUCGGCAUCUUGGCCCUGAUAAUGAUCUUCUUUCGCGUCAUUAUUUAUAUCAGUCUACGCAAGCGCUGUUACGCCUGAGCAUACCUGAUAUAGUUACAAUCUAUGCUGUGAUUAUGGUUUUAUACACAUACAAAUCUAAUAAUAGGAUUUACUUACCGCUGUACAUACUACUAACUAUUGUUGUUAUACUUAUGUAUUAUGUGCACAGUUGAUUGCCCCAUCAUGAUAUAACUCAGAUACUUUGGUGCUUAGAUAAACCCCUAGGUUCUUAAUUUGUAAUUAUCACACCACUCACAAUUACUUUCACAUUUACGUUAACUGCAAACUUUAAUAAUAUAAUUUGUAAGCAUUAUUAGAUGUAAGAUAUCUGGUUAAUAGUGUCCAAAACAAUACCUUCUAAAGACAAAUACAUUUUUACAUUGAAUUU